AUGGCUUUCAAACGACCUUCGUCUAUUGCACCAAUUCAUCAUCGAUUUAAUAAAAUUUACAUAGAAUUCAAUGAAAACAGUUGCUGUCAAGUAUGUGGUGAUAAAGCACAUAUUUUUAAUUAUGGAGCUUUAUCGUGUGCAUCUUGUAAAACAUUUUUUCGUCGUCAUGGUUUUCAUCCUGAAAAUAUUCCUCAAUGUGAUUUUUAUGAACAAUGUGAAAUUACAAUACAAUCAAGAAGAAUGUGUACAUCAUGUCGUUUUGCUAAAUGUCUUGCAGUUGGAAUGAGUCCAGAUCUUAUUCGCAAAGAAGAUCUUACUGGAAAAUGUCGUGCAUUAAUAAAACCUAAACAACACCGCAUUAGUUUGUCGAAAUCAACCACACCUAAUUUCAUAUUCUCUCCAUUGAAUCUUGUUUUUCACGAUAUGUCUUCUCUUACUCCAGCCAAUUGGAUGUUACUUUCAAAUAUUGUUCAUGCAUUUGAUUCAUUUAGUCCUUUAUUUGAAGUACAACGUAUUAUUGAAUUUCUCACUCACACUUCAGUAGAUUAUAAUUAUAUUUUUCAACAAUCACGAAAUAUUGUUAAAAUUAUUUAUCAAUCAUUUCAAUCGUCUAUUAGUUCAACAGCUGAUUUUCGAAUAAUGACAACUGAUGAACAAUGUUCUCUUAUUCAACGUAAUAUGCUUGGUGUUUGGGCGUUUUAUUCUAUGGUAAUAUGCCAUCAAUGUAAAUUGUUUGAUAAUGUAGCAAGUAAAAAUAUUAUGAGACCAUUGUAUGGAUCUGAUAAUGUUGAAUAUGUUAAAUCCAUUACUGUACGACUUGAUCCUGAUUUAACACUUGUUAAACUUAUACUUAUGGUUUUAAGUUUUUCGUCAAAUUGUUUUGCUGUAAAUG